AUGCAGUCUCAAAUGGGACAUACCAUGGAAACCGUGAUCUUCAUGUCUUACAAGUUUGCUGGGGAUAAAAGCUACUUAACAAAGGUGGACCUGAGAGUACUCAUGGAAAAAAGAGUUCCCAGAUUUUCAGAAAAACAAGAAGACCCUCUGGCUGUGGACAAAAUAACGAAGGACCAGGACCAGAGCCGAGAUGGCAAAGUGGACUCCCAGAGCUUCUUUUUACAAAUUGCUGGGCUUACCAUUGCAUGCAAUGACUAUUUUGUAGUAUACAUGAAGCAGAAGGGGAAAAAGUAG